AUGACUGCUGAUUACUACCUACCUCCUCGAGACUACGUGGGCUAUGGAGAGGAGCAACGACCUGGAGUUUGGCCAGGUAACAAGAAGAUAGCUGUAUCAUUUGUGUUGAACUACGAGGAAGGAGCGGAAAGUACCCCUUGGAACGGUGACGACGGAUCUUGCGCAUUCUUACAUGAACUGCAUUAUGAUAGAAAGGCUACAACAGGAGGUAAAAGGGACGGGUUGGUAGAAGACAUGUUCGAAUACGGCAUCCGGCAAGGUCUUCCUCGAUUGAUAAAGCUAUUUCGACAAUACGGCUGGAAGUGGACGACGUGGACUUGCGCUCGCGCGUUUGAGGUGACUGGUCCAUAUCCCAAGAUAAUCGUGCAGGAUGGGCAUGAAAUCGCUUGUCAUGGGAACAGAUGGCAGAAUCAUGGCUCAAAUCUGGAAGAAGUCAAAGCUCAUAUCAACAAGUCUUUUGAUAGACUACAAGCUGCGACUGGUUUGACAGACGUACCGACGGGAUGGUUCGUCGGAUCGGGACAUCAAGCUCAGAAACUGGGCAGGGCAAUAAUCCACAAAGAAAGAAAAGUGCCUUUGCUGUAUUCGUCUGAUGCAUAUUCGGGUGAUGAACCAUGGUGGAUACCCGAUCCUUAUGCAGAAGUUUACGGCGGUGAAGAUCAGGGGAUGCUGAUGAUCCCGUACUCUUUGUGCACCAAUGAUCACCUCUUCUUUGUCGCUGGUGCCGCGGGUGUUUCCGCACCGGACGAUUGGUUCGAGAUGCUCAAAGCUGAAUUUGAUACGCUCUACGCUGAGGGAGAAGCUGGAUCUGCUAAAAUGAUGACCAUCGCGAUGCAUAAUCGAUUCGUGUGCAAGCCCGGCCGUAUCAUGGCACUGAAGCGCUUUAUGGCAUACAUUGCCACUAAGCCGGAUGUUUGGGUGUGCACUAGGAAGGAGAUUGCAGAUUUCUGGAGGGAGAAAUACCCGUACAAAGAGGUUGGUCCCACAUACAAGAUGCACAGCGAGCAUCUGUCUUCUUGGGGUGCAGUUUGA